GUGAGAAUCCCAAUGUACAAGCAUCUAAUCAUGCGAGGGAGAGCAUUCGUAAUUUCUUUCCAAGUCGGAAGUGCUUUGUCUUUGACAGACCAGCAAAUGACAAAAAUCUCCUCGUCAAUAUUGAGAAUGUCCCUGAAGACCAACUGAAUCCUAAAUUCCUGGAACAAACAAAGAGUUUCUGUUCUUAUGUGUUCACCCGUGAAAAGAGCAAGACUCUCAGAGAGGGAAUUGUGGUCACUGGGAAUCGGCUUGGGGCUCUGGUGGAGACCUAUGUGAAAGCCAUCAACAGCGGGGAAGGGCCUUGCUUGGAGAACGCGGUGUCCACUCUGGCCCAGUGUGAGAACACAAUGGCCUUGCAGAAGGCAGCCGACCACUACAGUGAGCAGAUGGUCCAGAGAAUGCAGCUCCCUACAGACACGCUCCAGGUGCUGCUGGAUGUGCACGCGGCCUGUGAGAAGGAGGCCAUCUCGGUCUUUAUGGAACGCUCCUUCAGGGAUGAAGAUGGGAAAUUCCAGAAGCAGCUGGUGAAAACAAUACAGAAUAAGAAGGAGGAUUUUUUGCUGAAGAAUGAGGAAGAAUCUGACCGACACUGCCAGAAAGAACUGAAUUUGCUUUCAAAAGAGUUAAUGGAAAGCAUUUCAGCAGGCAGUUUCUGUGUUCCUGGAGGGCACCAGCU